AUGUUCUUGCCGUCACCUAGGAAANAGAAUUUGGCGACUUACUCGAAANAAGCACCACGAACCAAUCACCGCUCGACUCUCGCUUCACCAGCCUCAGAUGAUCGACAAUACCGCAAGGGACGCGUUGCGUCGUCUCCCGUUCGCGCAGAAACUCCUCCCACUAGUCCGAGCUCAAUUUCUCUGUCCCCUUCUGUCCUCAGCGAUCAUGAAGAUGACCAAGUACAACGAGUCGAGACAAAGUCUACACAGUCAAAGACUCAAAGACGUUCCGAACUACCAACGGAACCUUCUUCGGCUCAUGAGCUCGCAUUAGUGACACCAUCACAUCAGAUCGCGAGUCCCGUGAGCUCGUCCGAGCACGAUUCCAUCUCGGACCAUGACCUGACGCCUAUGGAUCGUAGCCGCAAGAAGCGUACACGAAGAGACACGAAGCCUCAGCCUCUUAGCAAGCUGAGGGAAUCACUGAACGUACGACCCAAGAAAUUACAAUUCACCGCGAAACAACCAACAUCUGUCCCCUCAGCAGAAACAAUCCGAGAGAUUGAGAGAGGUGCUGAUGGGUUCGACGAGAUGCAUCUUGUCCUCCUGGCAGUUUCGAAGCCAAAGAACAGAAAGCCCAAGGCACAUACCGCCAUCGUAGCAUUGGAUAUCCUCAAAGGUCCACAUCCACACGUCGACUUUGACGAUCCGGAUUGGUUGGCAGUCCCUUACCAAGAGCAUCUCACCCCAGAGCAGAAAGAGACCUACCACACAACCGAGGCCACCAAAGAUGAGUCGAAUUUUGAAGAAGUGGUUAUUGAAAAUGCUCAUCCAAAAGUUGAGGAGUUCAGAAGCCCGCUCAAGCCGCCCACCAGACCGUCAGCCAAGGAAGUACUUCUAUAUGCUCAGUUGUCAUCUGUGUCUGCACCAAUUGUGCGACGUCCAUCUUACGACGAAGAAAGCGAGGAAAACUACGCCAACAACUUCAUGGAUGACGAAGAAGAUGAAGAAGAACUUGAGCAUAGAAAGAGUGAUGGAGAGCAGGGAGAGCAGAGGGCAGGCACAGUCCGCUAG